AUGACAUCCGUCGACCCCUCCCCGCCCAAGCGGAUCAAGCUCCCCGGGCCCCCCGCAUCCAAGAUCCCUCUCCUCCUGCGCCCGCAAUCCCAGUCCGCCUCCCAAUCCACCACCACCACAACCACAACCACAACAACCACCAAACCCCCCGCCCCCCCACAAGUCUUCACCGCCGCCUCCUCCCUCCGCUUCCGCCCCAUCGGCAGCCCACGCCUCUCCCAAUCCCCCGUCCGCAAGCAGCCCCCACCGGCAACACCAAGCUUCUUCCAAGACUCGGACGUCGGCAGCAGCGUUACACGCCUGGGCACCUCCGUAGACUCCCCCGGUAGUGGUGGUGGUGGUGCUGCGGAUCCGGGCACACCCACGCCGGCGCCCCGCCGCCCGGUGCUGGUGGAGAAGGCGGGGAACGAGAAGCGCCCGCGCGACGAGGACACCCCCUUACCAGCUAAAGAGAAGACACCGCAGCAGAAGGAAAACGUCACGGAUGAUGAAGAGGCGCUCAGGAAGCUGCUGAGUGAGAGGGUGGCGGCGCUGAGGGCGGAGAUUGAGGGGUUGAAGGAUCAGCGGGAGCUGGAGGAGGCAAGGAUCGCAAGGGAGUCGGCGGCGGUGGCGGGAGUGGUGAAGAGGGUGGAUAGAGUGGAGAAGGAUAAAAUGGAUGACGGGCUACAGGCGCUAGUACAGCGGUUACUCGCCGCCAACGACGGCUCACACACGACACUACCGGCGCUGAAAGCUGCGGAGGUAGAGGAGGAUGAGCUGAUACCGAGUGCACGCCCACGCGAGUCUGCAGACCCGGGGGCAUUCCAUUGUCUCACCUUCACCCGCGCCUCAACAAGCACCUACACACCCCCUCUCCCCACCACCUCCGACGGCGACGACACCACCGCCUUCCUCACCACCGCCGAUACCGCAGCACCCCCCGCACCCCUCCAGGAGCACACAGCCACCGGCUACGCUUCCACCCGCCUCCUCACCUUCACACUCACCUUCAUCCUCGACCCCCCUACCUCCCAAAUCCACAGCCUCUCCACCACCAUCUCGCCAUGGGCGCGAGCCGAGCUGACUGCGCCGCUGGCCGCCGCGGCGGCGGAGGGGGAUGUGAAUAGAGUGCUGUAUGCGUUGAGUAGCUAUACGGUACUGGCGAAGAGGCGGGCGGGAGUGUUUGCUAGGUGUACGAGGAGCUUUCCGGACUUGCUUCCUGCGACGGGGGCGGUGGGGGUGGUAGGAAAGGGGGGAGAGAAGGGGAAGGUGGGCAGGAGGGAGAUGGUGGCGUGGUUGGGGAGGAGUGUGCUUGUUUUCCGGCGCAGAGGUGAGAAGGGGGGAGUGGAGCUGGUGGUGUGUUGGAGGAUCAGUGUGGACGACGUGGGGGAGGCGGAGAGCGGGUUGAGUGCGGAUGUGAGGUUUCCGGGGUGCUGGAAAGACGCAGACGACCGCGGCAGCCUCAGGAAGGUGGGCGAGGUGUUUACAGCGCUUGUCAAGGACCGCGGCGUGUUUGAGGCCGUCAGGUGCGUGGUGGGGUUGGUCUUUCAGUAA